AUGGGGGUAUGCGAGAAGAAACCAAAGGAAAGUGUGGGUGAUGUGAGUGUUAUGUCUGAACAAGGGAAAUUGGAUAGAGUCAUUGAUCAAAAAAUUUGCCGUGAUUUAAUUGGCCAGUGUACAAUUGAGCAUGAUCUUCCAUUUAAAUGGGUGGAAUAUAGGAGUGUGCAGCUACUUCUUCAGUAUUUGUAUCCUAAUUUUCGAUUCAUUACUAGAAAUAUUGCGGCAUCGGAUGUUAUGCAAAUGUAUUUAAGGCAAAAAGAAAAAUUGAAAUUGGUGUUGAAAAAUAUUCCUGGCAUGCUUUGCUUAACAUGUGAUGUGUGGACAGCUUGUACAAAUGCGGGUUAUAUUUGCUUGACUGUGCAUUAUGUGGAUGAGAAAUGGAGGUUGAAUAACAAAAUACUUUCAUUUUGUGAUAUGCCUCCCCCACAUUCUGGAUUUGAAUUGUCUAAGAAAGUUUAUAAUUGUUUGGUAUAUUGGGGGAUAGAUAGGAAAGUAUUUUCCAUAACUUUGGAUAAUGCUUCUGCCAAUGAUGUGAUGGUGAGGCUUUUAAAGCAACAACUUUUGUUACAAAAUAGUUUGCCUUGUGAUGUUGAGUUCUUUCAUGUGAGGUGUUGCGCACAUAUUCUGAAUUUGAUUGUUCAAGAUGGACUAAAAGUUGCUAGUGUUGCUUUAGGGAAAAUUAGAGAGAGUGUUAAGUAUGUUAAAGGAUCCGAAGCAAGAAUGAUUGCGUUUCAAGAGUGUGCUCAACGUGUUAGUGUUAAUAUUACUUGUGGACUUUCUACGGAUGUGCCGACUUGUUGGAAUUCAACAUAUGUGAUGCUUGAUAGUGCUAUUAGGUAUCGCCGUGUUUUUUGCUCUCUUGAAUUACAAGAUAGAAAUUACAAGUGUUGUCCUUCGAAUGAAGAGUGGUCAAGAGCGGAAAAGAUGUGUGCAUUCUUGUAUCCAUUUUAUGCCAUCACUAAUUUGAUUUCAGGUUCAUCCUAUCCUACUUCAAAUUUGUAUUUUUUGCAAGUUUGGAAGAUUGAAUGCUUGUUGGUUGAAAAUUUAGGAAGUGAGGAUCAAGUAAUAAGUGAUAUGGCUAAGAACAUGAAAGCGAAAUUUGACAAGUUUUGGGAUGACUAUAGUGUAAUACUUGCAAUGGGAGCUAUUCUUGAUCCAAGGUUAAAGGUGCAAUUUGUGGAAUAUUGUUAUAAGAAGCUUAAUCCACUUACUUGUCAAGACAAGAUUGAAGGGAUAAAGAAGAAAUUAUACUUGUUAUAUGAUGAAUAUAAGAAAAAGAGUGGUGAUUUUUCAUCUUCUAGAGUUUCUACUCCUCAAUUACAAGACUAUUCAAUCUAUUCGACAAUAACUACUUGUGGAGUAAGAAGUGGAGGAUUGGGAAGUAUGGGAGGAUCGGGAAAAUUGGAUGAAAAUCUUAUUGUUGUAAGUUGA